AAUAAAUCAGCCAAGACGUCGGUCACGCGUUCAUCUUGCUUUCGUUUAUUUUCACCGAUUCAUUGCUACCUGCAGUGCGUGUGUGCGUGUAUGUCGUAUAUCUCGUCGCCGCAACGAAUAAAAUGAGAGGGAAACGGGGGAAACGGGCCAGACAAAAAUGAAAAGAGAAAAAAAAAAUUACGGAUCGAAGAAAAUAAUCCGUACAUAGACACCCGUUUGCUUCUCAUUCUCUCGCUCGCUUUCAACUAGUUCGCUAUUCGCGUUGCGAACGAACGAACGAGGCAGCGAGCGGGGCGAGCUAUCUCUGGAAAAAUACCGCCAACGUAUGUUCCGCACUGUGCGAGCUACUUUCGAAGGGCACGUGACGUCACGGCAUCGCGACGCGGAUGUGCGCGUUUUAUUCGAUUCGAUUGAAGCACCGAAAAUUUUCGAUGAUCCAAUUACGUUGGCAGCAGUGUUCGCUUCUCGUCGCUAAAAAACAUUCGCAUUAAUCUGCGUCAGCUGAAGUUUAGAUGCUCGUUAUAGCGUAGCAAUUUGUAACUCGAUUUACAAACACCACUGAUUAAACUCUCUACAUUUAAUUAUUUCAAUCCAUUGCCCAGAAUCAUAGUGUCAACAGGGUUCGCACGCACAGGGAAAACUCACGAGAAUUUGAAAGUAAGACUGAAAUUUUGAGUUUGUCGAACAAGUAAACUCGUUCUUAUAUACAAAGUACUGUCGAUCUUAAUAAAAAAAAUUGCACGUAAAAUUUUGUUUCAUCGCACCACUUCAUACAUUCUAUGUAUAUUACUUAAUACCAAACAUUCUUUCGAUUUUUUUCUUACGGAAAAUCGCAGGCUGUCGUUUAUAAAUUGAUAGUAAGUUAGUUACUAAGUAAUAUCGAAGAUAUUAGUAUUAAUGUGUAAAAAAAUGCGCGGCAUAUUUCUUUGAAGGUUACUGGAUAAAUCCUAUUUCCAGGCUGAAACGCUUAGAAAAGUCGGGGAAUUUUAGAUUCGAAAAAGCGUACGAACUCUGCUCAACUUGACCUAUGAAAGCUUAUUCUACACAUUCUAGACACAUCCGUCUUAUGCAUUAUCCCGGCAAUUACUUGUCAGUUUGAUGUGUAACCUUUUAAUAUUAAACCGAUAUCCAAUACUUCUGAUUUAAAAAGAUUUAUUCGUCAUUUAAGAGUUAUGCAGGUAUUAUUUCUGUGAGCUGAAUAAAAAAAUGCAGACGUUAUCAUCGUGUGGUCGAAUAAUGUCAAUCUAUCGACGAAACUAUUUGAACAACGAUUACAUGUUAUAACGUAAAUGGCCUUCUAGAUUUGAGCUAUUUUACUGAGGAACGAACGUUUAAUAUAGGUAUUGAAUUCGUGAUUUACAAAAAUUUAAUAUCAAUAAUGGUUAUGUAUCAUUCAAUUAUUCUCUGUGAUUUCGGUAUAACAGCUGAUGCGGAAAAGUUGGGAAAAGUCAAGUCACUGCUACCAACAUAAUUAUUAUUUUAUCCCCCCCCCCCCCCUAAAUUGACAGCAGACGACGCGACGAUGACUUCACGUGUAGAAGGAUCAACUCGAGAGUUUAACGCGUGUUGGGAAAGUCUAAAACGGAGGCCCUGAGACAAACAGUAAUAAUAAAAAUAAACGACACCGAAUGUGAUUUCAUCAAUGUUACCGUCAAAAGCUCUGCUGCAGACCGCCCGUUUCAUUCGGCGCUUAGAGCACGCGGUGCGAAUCGUUGAACGAUACUCGCGUCUUGGUUAAAAAUAACCUCCUGGUAACGUGAUACGGAAUAUCCCGAUAUAGCCGUUUCUAUCCCGUUUAUUUAUAGCGACUUUCCUCCUCCCGUUUGCUAUAACUCGCAGCUUCUCUCGUCUCGAAAAACUCUAGUUGCCUUUCGGGCAUUCGAUUUGUCCACUGGAUCUGAAGCUCGCCGGUUCGUCGCCGUCACCGCUCCAAAAUUCAAGGUUAUAAUCAACGCAUCUCCUUGUAUUUAUAUCUACUCUUCUAGGAGUUUAAAAGUGCUGUGCUGAAGACAGUAAAAAGAAUUCUGUGAACUCGUCGCGUGUCGUGAAAUGUGCAUGACGAGGCGCCUCUGUGGUGGUCGUCGAUCAGUGACACUCUCAAACUAAGUUUCUUGGCUCUGUUUACGCUCUCUCACCAGCCUCCGUUACAUCUGAGACACAGCCCGGAGCGACGAAACCUAGAGACGAGACAGCGAUCGCUUUCUCUUUUAAUUUUCAUCAACCCAUGGGCAUUGCCCUGUAUUACGAGCAGAUAACGCUUUGAACAAAACGCUAAGAGGUUUGAUCGACAAGAUGAGCAUACCAGAGAGCGUUAAGAAGUGCGUGGCCAUCUUGAAGAUGGUUAGCAACGACUCCGAGAAGUUUGCCGCGCUGUUUAUGGUGACUAAACUAGUCGACGGAAAGGACUGCACCCCGGCGGCAAAGAAGCUGUUGUUCGAAGCGAUCGGGGCUAAGUUUAUGCGCAAGCUUUUGUCUAGCGACAAUGUUCCCGUCGACUGUCCGCCCCAGGUCUACAAGUCGGUCGCGCUGUCGAUUUUGUCUGCUUUCUGCGGGGACGAGGAGCUUGCCUCACACCCUGACAUGGUGGGACACGUUCCAGCACUGUUGGAGAUCGUCUCCAAAGCUGACGACGACGCUCCCGACGACACGCUGAUCAUUGUGAGCGAGGCUUACGCCUGCUUACAGAGCAUCGCCCAAUAUCCACCAGGUCAGAAGGCGCUGCUGCAGCAGAAGGCGAUACCAAAGAUGUGCGAAAUCUACGCGGAGAAGAGCUUUCAGACAGACGAAGCGCUGAAUAUCCUGGUAACCCUGGUCACAACCUUUGGACCCGACGCCUGGGACGCGGUGGACACAAAGCCGUUCCACGCCAUAAUAAACAAAAUCGCUUUGGACUUUGAAACAGACCAUACGGAGCGCAAAUUCGAGGUCUGUACCAUACUCCAGGCGCUGCUUUCGUCAUGCAGGCAAAACGCCAUCGAGGAGACGUCCAAGGAGGAGUCCUGGCCGGGAAGCAUCCACAAGGCACUGAACGACAUCCUGGGCUCAAGAAUCGGCAAGAAUCAAAGGGACCCGGCACUUAAACUCGCAGCUGUAAUGCUUGAGCUGCUCGGCGUCGAGUGGGCGCUUUCGGACGAGGAGAAGCCCAAGGUGUUCUUCCUGCUGCUGGUCCAGCUUUCGUCGAUCGAGGUCAGAAUGCAACUGGAGGGUAAACAGCUCAAGGCUGUUGUCGGCAAUGCGGAUUUGAUAACGGCGUGCUUCACCAUACUGGAGAUAUCGCUCGCCUACAUAACCAGCGAUCAGCUGGAUCUCGAGCAGAAGGAGAAACAGUCCUUGUACACGGCGCUGAAGGGCGCAUUUGCGGCAGUAAUAGGCCUUCUCACCGCCGUCUCGAAGAUGAAAGACUUCACCGGCAUAAAGGAGCGCCUCUUCGUCUGCGCCAUGGUCCGCGUCCUUGCCGCGUGGUUGGCUCAAGAAACGUCCGCAAUGCGACCCCAGGUUUACUCGGUCCUGCCGUACGUCUUGACGGUAGCAAACGACACGUUUUACGCUCAUCGAAAUCGUAAAAUGUCGGAAAAAUCGAAGGCGGCGGCUAAGCCUGAGGAAGGAAACUCAUCAGGCGAGCCUGUAGUCCACGACCCACUCAGCCAGGUCGAUGUGCUGAGGCUUCUGUUGCCGGCGCUUUGCUAUCUGGCGGUAGAAGAGGAGGCACGAAAAAUUUUACUAAAGCACAAACAGGAGGAAGUGCUUUUCGAGUGUUUGUCUUAUCACUGGACCAUUGUCUAUUACAAAAAGCCGCCUGUUCCCAGAUCAGAACGGUUGAAAGCACUGAAAGAACCGGAGAAGGAACUCGCCCCUGCGCUACUCAGCGAAAUGAAGGACUCCAGAGCCGCAAUGGUCUCCGUCUGCAACGUUCUGAUGAACAUAACUGUGCUAGAGGCCAAGAUGGUGGAGGAAUCGCCGACGUUCAUAUCGCUGCUGAAGUUCAUAUUCAACAACCUGCCUGAGCUCAAGCAGAUCCCUGAGAACCUGGUGCUGCACGGACACCUUGCCAUACUCGGACUUCUUCUGCUGAAGCAGCAGGCCAAACGCGUCAAGAAGAACGACUUUUCCAUAUGUCGUUACAUUCAGGCGACCAUCAGGUUCCUAUGGGACGCCUACACCGUCGACGAGAGCAACGAUCCGACCGAAUUGGUUGUAGCGAUAUCGUACAAGGAACAUUGGAUGGAAAUGAUGGAGCUAUGGUUCCUCGGCAUGCAGACAAUGGCCGGCGUACUUCAACUCGUUCCUUGGCUGUCGGAAUUUGCUAUUGAAUCUGGCUGGGCUGAGGGAAUCAUUGAAACUUUGAAAAAAGUCAAGGUCGGAGGCCUGCCGCCCAACGUUAAAUCCGCCUACGAAGAUCUUCUCUGCCACUUGGUAACUGCCGAUGAAAGCGUUGCUGCUGUACUGAAGAAAUGCGGCGCCUUGACUGUCUGUAGAUCGCAUCGCAUGAUGGAGCUUGGGAAACAUCUGUUCGGAGAUUAAGAUUUGCUUUUCUAUUUACCCAAGUCGGCGCCACCAGUAUUCAGGCGUAUCGCAAAGAGGAAACUUUCAUGUAUCAAGGGCAUUUUCUUUAAUUUUUUUUUCACUGUAUUUAUAGCUUAGAUAACGUCGAUACUGUCAAACGAAAUGUAUUGUCUUUCCAAAUUUGAAUUCAAGCAUGUCUCGAAGAAAAGAGUCAAAAAUAGCACGCCUUGUAGCCAAAACUGUUAGUCAUACCGUUAGUGCCGUCGUGUUCCUAGUCAAGUUUGACUUUCCGUUGCACUUGGCUAAGUCGCGCAUGUCAAAUGAACUAUGCACUAUUCUGAUGAAUAUAUUUAGUCCCUAUUGGGAGUAAAAAUAGAUCGACGACAACGCCGAGCGCAUUUGAGAUAUCACUUUCGCUAAGGAUCUCCUUGGUCGUAUGCCCUCGUAUUUCCACCGCUUAGAUUCCGUGGUAUAAUUAGAUUAUUGGAUUCAUCUUGGCUGGAGGCAACAGCUGCGGAUACGACAGUCACAUGAUUUGUGCUCCCUGUUUUUAGCACAGACUCAAAUGUGUGCGUGUGUGUGUGCGUGUGUAUUACGCUGUACAUCUGUUACUAAGUGAUAAAACAAAGAAAGAGUUUUUAAAAAAAUGUAUACUAGUAAUUUCAAAACGGAUUUUCGAUAUCCAAUGGUCCUCCCUUAUUUUACCCCGUUGACGAAGAUUGUUGCAAAAAUCUUUCCAAUACAAAAAUUUCCUAUACGCCCUCGUUAUUCUUUGCAGCUCUUUUUUCCCUUUUCUUUUCUUCCAUCUUUUGUACUUUUUCUCGUAAUUUUUCAAAUUUUGAAUUACGUUUAAUUAAUAUAUACCUAUGUAUACUUAAACUCAAUUCUGUAUUGAUGCUAUGUUAUACGAUAACUUGUCGCGUGUGAGAGACUGAUGUGCCGAUUUUAACGGCUGUGUUAUUUUUAUUUUUGUAUCUACAAAAUUUCAAUAAACAUACACUAUGAAUAGUA